CUCAAACGAGUGAUCAGUCUAUCCAUCCGAAUAAAAGCUGCGGAACACGCUAAACCCUCAGCAGCGCUUUGGCUUGCUGUGCUACAUCAUCGUCAUCAUAUCCCCAAACUCCCCAGCCCAACCAGAGUAAACAAUGGGGCGCUCACUUCUCUCUCACUUCCUCAUUCUCUCCAAUUCUCCCCCUCGCUUCACCUCGUCACCAAUUUCAAGCAGGUCUUGCGGUAUAGAUGUGAGUAGAUUAUUGAGAACACACAUAGCAAUUCGUCAUCCUCGGCUUCCAACUGGGCACAGCGGUGUUGCAGAUUCUCGAUGCUGUUGCAGCCUCUCAGCUUCGGAACCCACUGCCCCUGAGGCUUCUUCAAGUUCUGUAAAGAAGAGGAUAGUGUCUGGAGUUCAGCCAACAGGAUCUAUACACCUCGGCAAUUAUCUUGGUGCCAUAAAAAAUUGGGUUUCGUUGCAGAAUGCUUAUGAUACUCUCUUCUUCAUCGUUGACCUGCAUGCGAUUACUCUACCAUAUGAUGCAAAAGAAUUAUCUAGAGUAACAAAAGAAACGGCAGCUAUUUAUAUGGCGUGUGGUGUUGACACCUCCAAGGCUUCUAUCUUUGUACAGUCUCAUGUUCGUGCUCAUGUAGAAUUGAUGUGGUUACUGAGUUCUGCCACCCCAAUUGGUUGGCUGAACAGAAUGAUUCAGUUUAAAGAAAAAUCCCGCAAGGCGGGGGAUGAAAAUAUUGGGGUUGGUCUAUUGACUUAUCCUGUCCUGAUGGCCGCUGAUAUUCUUUUGUAUCAGUCUGACUUCGUUCCAGUUGGUGAGGAUCAGAAGCAACAUCUAGAGUUGACUAGAGAGCUGGCUGAGCGGGUUAAUUAUUCAUAUGGAGGAAGGAAGUGGAAGAAAUUGGGAGGGCGAGGUGGUGCAAUUUUUAAGAUUCCUGAGGCCCUCAUUCCACCUGCUGGAGCCCGAGUGAUGUCGCUCACUGACGGUCUUUCAAAGAUGUCCAAGUCUGCACCUUCUGAUCAGUCUCGAAUUAAUUUGCUUGAUCCAAAAGAUGUAAUAGCAAACAAGAUAAAACGUUGCAAGACUGACUCAUUUCCAGGCCUGGAAUUUGACAACCCUGACAGACCUGAAUCCAACAACCUUCUUUCAAUAUAUCAGGUCGUUACAGGCAGGACAAAACAGGAAGUUGCACAAGAAUGCCAAGAUAUGAACUGGGGCACAUUCAAGAACCUUCUUACGGAUGCUUUGAUUGAUCAUCUAGAUCCCAUCCAGCUUCGAUACGAGGAAAUUAUAUCUGAUGCAGGUUAUUUGGAUAGAGUUUUGGCAGAGGGUGCCAGGAAAGCUGCAGGUAUAGCAGACGUUACUGUCAAUAAUGUCUACCAGGCAAUGGGAUUCUUGAGGAGAUGAGUAGAAUUUAUGCUGCAGGAAGAGCUUAUGUGAAAAGUCACUGAGAGAGCGACCCAAAAGUUUACUUUUAGAUGAUUUAUUGUUCCCCACAAGUUUCCAGAUUAUACCCAUGAGCACAUUAUUGAUGAUGAGGGAAAAGAUGCAAAUUAUUGGAGAGGCCCACAUUCUGUGAUGCGGUUACGCUGACACAUCGCUUUCCAGAUAGGUCUAUUCUUAUAUUCAUUAAUUUUUUACUGGUUUUGGUGGAUUGAAAUUUCACUAUAUAAUCUAAUAUAUACUCAUUUUGUUUUUUGUUUGUUUGAUUGAGUGCUACCUAGUAUUAGAAAACACUUUUUUUCUUUUUUUUGUUUCAAUUGAUGAGAAUGUUUUUGUGGCUGCAAAUAUAAAUCUUCUUGGCUUGUCGCCCAAAUGAUUAUUUCUUAUGGUUGGUGAUUGCCGUUUUGUCA